AUGGCUAAGGCUCUACAAUCACUGAGUUUCUGGAUAAUGAUGAUCUCUGUCCAUGUGAUGUCUUUGGUGUUAGCUCAAGACAGGGAUCAUUUUGUGGUUUAUGACUUCAGUCAAGCAGAUACAGAGCUGCAACAUGAUGGAAUGGCAACUACUCUUGAUGGCCGACUGCAACUUACAAAUAAUUCAACACAGAUGACUGGUAAUGCUUUCCGAAAAGUCCCCAUCAACUUGACAUCUUCUUCCACUUAUUUUUCAACAGAGUUUGUCUUUGCUAUUCUUCCAUUGCAAAGCACUGCCUACUGUCAAGGAAUGGCUUUUGUGGUAUCUCAUAUCAAAGACCUCAGUUUCACCUGUCUUGUCAAGUUCAAUCAAACCAAGCGUGCCAUUUCAAAUGGAGACGAUGUUUGUAGGACAUGUGAGAUAUGCGACGCAAUGGCUACACUCAAACCCAGUGAGCACUGCCUCUGCCAAUUCACAAGCAGGACAACAAUCUCAGAGUCGGACAGAGCCACAGGCACGGUCGAGAGGCAUUACAUCUUUGGCUUUGAAAACUAG